AUAUGGGGGGACAGAUCAGCGGAGAUGUUUAUGCUUCUCCCUAGAAGAUUUAUGCGAAACGAUAUCUAUAAUUAGUUAUCGGGAAAAAUAAGUCGACGAAGAGAGCGGUGUGAUUAUCGCACAGGAAAAAAGCUGAUACUCUGACUUUGAAAUUCUCCAAGGGUGCCCGGUGUUCCUUUGUUUUAUCCUUAGUCUUUCCGCGAGUGAAGAAAGAUGCGAGAGUUCUUUUCGGAGUGAAACGGAGGAUUGGUCGAUAUAUUCCCGGAUUUAUGACACAUGUCUAUGGAUAUCUCAUAGAAUUUUUUCCGAAUUGAAAUUUUCGCCGAUAAUCAAAUUUUACGAAUGAAACGUUUGCAACGUUCGAAGAGACAUUCCGGAAAUCAGACGUGACGUUUUUCACGAAGGACUUUGAUUUGAAAGAAAAUCGUACAAGAACUUUAACAAGCGUUUGCAUCUCAGUAUGGAAGAAUUAUAAUAGAAAUAGUGCCUGAUACAGUCAAAUAAACCGUCGUAUUUUGUGAUUGAGAAGUGAAGUAUAAAUACUUUGCGAAAUUACAGCAAGCUUUGAUAGUAACGGAAGACACAAUUUUAUCGGGGAAAUCCGGAAAAGAUAAUCAUCAUUAUCAGACAAAAGCCCUGAGUGGUGAUCAAUUACUUUAAAGAGGGAGAGAUAGUGGAUAGUUACUUGAAAGAAUGGCGGAAGACUUUCUUCGCCGGAAAACUAGAUCGGCUUCGAUUUGUGCCCCAGGAUUUUCCAGCAUGGAACAAAUGUUGGAAGCUAUGCCACCCUCGGGAGCCCGUGAGAGAGAGAGAGGUGAUAGUGGCAGUGGAACGCCGGAUAGCAAUACACCUACGAGGAGACGAAGGCCGGCUACAAGAUCCCAAAGCGCCCGUGUUUCCGGAGGAAAUAAAAGCAUCCGACGCCGUGCCGCCGCUCAAGCCGCCGCUCAUCAUCAUCAUCAUCAUCAUGAAGGAGGUAGCAUGAAAUCGGCUCACUGCAGCAGCGAACCUAAAUUGACCGAGAAUGACAUCAGUCCAGGAAUCAGAAGACGAGGGAGCCGAAGGGGACAGAGCAUGCACCAUACGCAUCAGAGGAAAAGCAACGCCUUCCUGGAUGUACCUGACGUCUCAUCUGCAAUGCCACCGCGGGAGGAAGGCGAGGACGAAGAUAGUUACAGACUCCGUAGCUUCAGUCUCACCAGCAAAGGUGUCGUUAAUAGAGGAGAUUCCUUUCGGAAAAGAAGAUCGAGAUCGAAUUCUCUAGCACCUGCUGACCAAGAAACUGAGGAACGGCGACUGCCGCCCAAGGAAGUAGUUUCGCACAAUGUUGCUAUGCUAGGUACAAGGGGAGUUGGAAAAACUGCUCUUAUCAGUCAGUUUAUGACCAGCGAAUGUAUAAAUGCCUAUGAUAGACAAAAAGAUAUGCCGAGUGAACAAUCUGUUUUUGUGAUGCUGAAUGGUGAAGAAAGCGAGCUUAAAUUUUUAAACAUCACUAAUCCAAAAACCGAAUUGGAAAAAAUGCCGUUACCAGAUGCCUUCGUCGUUAUGUAUUCAGUGAUCGACAAGGCGUCCUUUCAAAGGGCUGAGGAAUAUCUCGCUCGACUUCACGAUCAAGAUCUUCUUCGUGGUAGACCGGCUAUUCUGGUCGGGAACAAGGUCGAUUUGGUUCGUUCCAGAGUGGUUUCGCCCCAGGAUGGAAAAUGCUUGGCAUGUACCUAUCGCGCAAAGUUCAUCGAAGUGUCAGUGGGCAUCAAUCACAACGUCGACGAGCUUCUGGUUGGCAUUCUCAAUCAAAUCCGUUUAAAAGUGGUUCAGAGUAACCAGGAGAAUCGAAACAGCGGUAGCAGCGAAGGUAGUGCUCACUGGUACAAAUCCAGAGGUGUCGUUCGCGCCAGCAUGAAAGCUAGGCAGAUGCUGACUUGGCUUUUCGGCAAGGAGGAUAGUAAAUUCAAAAAUUGCGAAAACCUGCAUGUACUUUAAGUUAAGAAAUAGCAGUCGGGUUGUCUGACUACUAUUUUAUUAGUACGUAAGUAUGAGCUGACUUGAGAAAUCUCCUUUGACACAGGGGAAAUUUUUUAAUAGAAUUUCUUCUUGAAGUUUUUAAGAAUUAACGGAAUUUUCGCUCAUCGGAGAAGAAUUGCGAGAAUGUAGAUUGAAUGUGCGAAACGGAUGCAUCUCUGAGUCAACAAUCCGUACAUAACUUAAAAUUUAUAAUCAAACGUCAAGUCUUCGCUACUGCUAGUGUUUACGAGAGUAUUCCGUAAUCCUGCAGGAAAAGCAAAAUGGUCCGAGGACCAAACUGGAUACAAUUAGCGUCGGGUUAACGAAGUGCCAAUUAGUGAAAAUUAACGCUCACUGUGUUUAAGAGAAGAAAUUGUCGCUUGAUUUUACGCUCAUUUAACUAGAAUUACUUCGUGAGAAAUGUGAGUGAUUAACCCUUUCAGUUACAGGUAUGACCGUUCGUUAUUUUUCAGUAAUUUUCUUGAUUAAAGGUUUCCUUCUUUGGUUUCCUUUUUUUUGAUAGAUUAAAUAAUACUAUUAAAAUGCUCAUUAAUAUCUUUAUUUAAAUAAAGGCUAGAUAGGCUAAUUCCUUCAGCUAAUUCCCUUAUAUUCAGGCAAAUUAAAUACGAUUUAUUCCAAAAAAGUAAAGUUUGGCAUUGAAAGAUUUAAAUAAUUUGAUAAAUUUUGUUACAUAUUUCUUGCUAUCUUACAUAAUCUAUGUAUGUAUGUAUUAAAGGAAAAACUCUAGUAAAAUGAGCGCUUACACGUCACGCAUAUUCAAUUUUGUAUAAUUACAAGUGCCGCUGAAUCUGGCAGCUCUUAAUAAGGCAAUCAAAAGUUUAAAUCAAUCGUGACGAUAAGGAAGGACGAGGAAAAGAUUUAAAUAAGGAAAAGAUUUAAAUUGGACCAUGGCACAAACUAAUCGUCAUUAAGUUUACCUGGCUGUAUUAUAAGACCAAUUAAUCUUUUUAUUUAGUACAUGUAUAUACGCGAAACUUAUAUAUUAGCGUACUCGUGCAAGCAUGUUCUAUACAAAUAUACAUCCAAGUGUAUAUCCUUAAUCCUCCGUUGACGAGUGUCGAUUUUAUCACGUGAGUGGCAUUAUAUCAUUGCAAACAAAAUACCGCCUCUAUUUUCGCGCCGUUAAAUUGGCUCGUCGUUAGUGCCAUUAAUUUCUCGCGUCGCGAUGGACUUCCCGCGGUCCAUUAUUGUGUAUAAGGCCAACUUAAUGCAAUACGCUAAUGUUACUUGACAUUAAGUUGUACAUAAAAGUCAUAAGGUUACUUUGCUAUUUAACGUGCUUGUUACGGUUGAAAAAAAUAUAGUGUAAAGCUGCCUAU